AUGGAUAACGAUUUGAUAAAGCCCAUUCUGGACGCCCUGUCCGCGUCCGAUGCGCCCGUCCUCGCCAGCAAUGCCUUCCCCUCCGUCCCCUCAUUGAAGGUCAAAAGUGCGCUCGACCGCCUUGGCGCCCGGCAGAUGGUUGAUUGGAAGGCUCUGGAUAAGGAAAUUCUUACCCUCACCGCUGAGGGCCAGGAGGUUGCCGCCAAUGGCAGUCACGAAGCUAAGGUCUUCGCCGCCGUUGUCGCCGCCCUGGACGGAUUGAAGAUCACCGACUUGCCCGGAAUUGUGGGCAAGGACAACGCCAAAGUUGGCCAAGGAAAUGCUUUCAAGCGUGGCUGGAUCAAGAAGGAUAAGGAUCUGCUCCGGGCCUCCACAGACUCGAUUGUCGACGAAACGCAACAGCACCUGCUCACAGUACAAAAAACUAAGACCCUGGGCGAUUCAAAGGUCCUCCAAGAUCUCAAGCGGAGAAAGCUGGUCUCUCUGUCAAAGGAGCACGAUUACGAAAUCAUCAAGGGUCCCAACUACGCCCGAGAAUUCGUCAAGGAGGAGACCGACCUUACUCCCGAGAUGAUCGCCAGUGGCUCGUGGAAGGAGAAAACCUUCAAGCCCAAGAACUUCAACGCCAAGGGUGCUAGCACCCCGUCCGGUACUUUCCACCCUCUGAACAAGGUGCGACAAGAGUUCCGCAACAUCUUCUUCGAAAUGGGCUUCGAGGAGAUGCCCACCAACCGCUUCGUGGAAACCGGUUUCUGGAACUUCGACGCUCUCUUCGUGCCCCAGCAACACCCUGCCCGUGAUCUCCAAGAUACGUUCUACAUCUCCGACCCAGCCGUGGCCGACGGCCCCCGUGCAGACGCCCCCAACGACCCACAUGCCCCCAAGUCAAAGGACUCCGAGAAGCCCCUCGACUACCAACAGUACUGGGACAAUGUGCGUGAAGUGCACGAGCACGGCAAGUUCGGCUCCAUCGGCUACCGCUACCCGUGGAGCGCGGACGAGUCUCUGCGACUCGUGCUCCGCACGCACACUACCUCUAUCUCCACCUAUAUGCUGCACAAGCUGGCUGCCAACCCUCGGCCAGCCCGCUAUUUCAGUAUCGACCGUGUGUUCCGAAAUGAGGCAGUUGACGCCACCCACUUGGCUGAGUUCCACCAGAUCGAGGGUGUUAUUGCGGACUUCGGUUUGACUCUCGGUGGUCUGAUCGGUUUCAUGGAGGUCUUCUUUGCCAAGAUGGGUAUUCACCAGCUGCGCUUCAAGCCCGCUUACAAUCCUUACACUGAGCCCAGUAUGGAGAUCUUCGGCUACCACGCCGGUCUGGGUAAGUGGGUUGAGAUUGGUAACAGUGGUAUGUUCCGGCCCGAGAUGCUGGAAUCCAUGGGUCUGCCCAAGAACCUGAGAGUCUACGGAUGGGGAUUGAGUCUGGAGAGACCUACUAUGAUCAAGUACGCUGUCAGCAAUAUCCGUGAACUCCUCGGCCACAAGGUCGACCUCAACUUCAUCGAGACGAACCCGGCUGUGCGUCUGGAGAAGGACUAA